AUGAGUGCCCCGGCUCAGCUUUCCCUCCUGGCAGACCAUAUCAAAUUAUGUCUCCUAGAGCGACAGAGGGCCAUCUCUCUGAACCUUGAACCUAACUCCCAAGAUGGAGAGAUCUCUCGUUUCUUAGUCUCGCUACGCGAGGGUGUCGAAGGCGUUGAGAAAAAGGCCAGGAGCCUUGAAGAAGAGGGUGACGCAUCUUUCGGUGAUUUUAAAGAAGAAGCCAUUAGCAUCCGGCAACAGUUGCAGGACCUUGAAUUCGAAUUCUACGGUGCAGACAAUCCUUCUCCACCCUCUAACGAGCAAGUACAAGGCUCCUCAUUAACAGGAGGCUUUGUUAAUACCAGCAGUGCAUCUGCCUCAACUACCCUUGAACAUCCCACCCCACAACAUCCAAUAGCAAAAUCUGUCAGAUUCACCGAUACUCUGACUGCACAGGCCGAAGAGGAAGAUCCCAACCGCGAAGCCCUCCUACAACCAUAUCGGGACUCUCCAUCCCCCUCGCUUGACCAUUCUGACCUCUCUAAUGAGCAAAUCCACAGCCAGCAUGCCCAGAUCAUGCAAGAGCAGGAUGAUCAGCUCGACCGCUUAGGAGAAUCAAUUGGCAGGCAACACCAGCUCAGCAUACAAAUCGGGGAUGAGCUAGAGAACCAAGUCGCACUUCUCGAUGAAGUAGACGGCCAUGUUGAGCGCCACACAGGCAGACUGGACGGUGCGCGGCGAAGACUCGGCCGGUUCAAACGCAACGCGAGGGGCAGUCAAGGAAUCAUGUGGAUUAUCGGACUGAUAAUUCUCCUGGUAAUCUUGAUUGUGAUUUUUAAAUGA